CCAAAAAGAUGAUGAAACGUUGAUUUCCAAAAACUAAAAGAGAGAGAGAGAGAGGCAGAGAGCGGAGGUGGAGACUAGUUGCCUGAGACAAGUUACCGGAGAGUGGAGACCAGUUGCCUGAGAGGGAGGGAGAGAGCGGAGUGGGGGAAAGGCCGUCGACAACAAACAAACAAAAAAUGUAUCUUCAGGUGAUCCUCUUUGCACUCGCAUUUGCUCAGGCUGCGAGCAAUUAUGCCCUCACCAUUCAGAGUUCAGACGGCGAAGAUGUCGAUUGCUUCGACAAAAUGAAGCAACCAGCGUUUGACAAUCCACUUUUAAAGAAUCAUAGGUUUCAGGAAGUGCCUUCAGAAAUUCCCAAAGCGAUCGAAACGACUCAAAAACGCAAAAAACAAACAUUUGAAGCUCGUACCAGCAGCGCCAAAUGUCCCCCAGGAACCGUACCAAUACGGUCUAACAACGCCACUGUAAAUCAUAAGACACAACCCGACACCACUAAACACCCCGGGCAUGAGUAUGCGAUCAUGACUACUACGCAAACCACACCAAAAUUAUACGGAACAAAGGCGAUAGUGAAUGUUUGGGAUCCCAAUAUAGAAAAUGGAGCAAAAGAGAUGUCCAUAUCGCAGAUAUGGAUUGCGUCGGGGCAAUACAAAAGUGGGGAUCUUAAUACCGUUGAAAUUGGCUGGCAGGUUCUGCCGAAGUUGUAUAAGGACAACAAGCCUAGGUUAUUCCUGUUUUGGACGGGCAAUGCAUACAAAACUGGAUGCUACAACGUUCGGUGCCCGGGUUUCAUCCAGACGAGUAGCAGUAUCGUUAUCGGAGGCCCCAUUAGUUCUGUUUCUUCCUUGGGAGGAAGACAGUUUGAGAUAACCAUCCACGUCUGGAAGGAUCGGCAAUAUGGAAACUGGUGGCUCAGUUUAGGACCAAACAACGAACUCGUGGGAUACUGGCCAGCGGAGAUUUUCACAACAUUGGCCGAUCACGCGGAAGUCGCACAAUGGGGUGGUGAGAUAGUGAACUCGCGCCCAUUUGACCGACACACAAUGACCCAGAUGGGGUCCGGCCGCUUUCCCGACGAAGGUUUUGGGAGAAGUAGCUACUUCCGCAACUUGCAGACUGUAGAUAUCAACAACAGUCUCCAGCGAGUUCAAGACGUGAAGAGCAUAACAACCAAUCCCGAAUCUUACAGCGUCAAGGAUCUGUAUACAGAAGAAUGGAAGACUCACUUCUUCUACGGGGGGCCAGGCUUUAGGCCUUCGCAUUCAGGAGCUGUUCCCUCGACAUAUAGUUCAGCAGCUUCCUUCUUUUUCUUCAUGUUUCUUAUCGUUUAGUAGUAUUUUCUAUGUUAUUUGUCGUAAUAAGAUUGUAAUUAACAUAUUCGAUUUAAGACUGAUAUUCGAUUUAAGUCGCUUUUGCAUU